AGGAAUUUAAAGACUUUUUUCAGUUUCUUAAUACACUUGAUGAUUUCAGCAUUGCCAUGAGAAUGUAUACUAUAGCAAACCAACCCAUAUCACAAAGUGAGUUUCAAAGAGCUGUUAAAAUUUCCACCGGUCACGACAUAGCACCACAUGUAGUGAACACAGUCUUUCAAAUAUUUGAUAAAGAUGGUGAUGGUAAACUUAGUUAUAAAGAGUUCAUUGGAGUAAUGAAAGACAGAGUAAACAGAGGAUUCAGAUACCAUUUGAUGAAAUAUGAAGGAUGGGAAGGAUUUAAAUCCUGUGUGAAGCAUGAAAUGAAAGCCUCUGCAUAAUAUCACUAUGUACAUUCUGUAAUCAUUUAUUUAUUACAUUUUUAUUGUAUUACAUUGAAAGCAAUUUGUCAGAAUUAUUUGCACUUGUGACUAAUUGCUACUUAUUGUAAUAUGUCUUGUUCAGCUCAAUAUUAUAAACUACUUGUUAACUCUUGUCAGAAAGUUUUUUUUUGUAAAUGACAAUUAUUUUUAGUUUUGAUGACAUUCUGGUUGCCAUUUUUUUCACUAAAAUCACAAAUUCUAAUAUGUCAUCAACCAUAUCCAAUGGUAUGCAAGGUUUAGACUUGGGCAGUAAUAAUGCCAACACAGUGUUGUAUACAUACAUAUUGUGUGUUCACAUGCAUGAAAGAUGUGUUAUCACAAUCAAGUGUACCAGAAAGAAACAUACGUGCAUGUAUGUAUGUAAUGUUAGGAAUUACAAAGGAUUUAUAACUUUUAUAUCCAUGUAUGGUCAAAUAAGUCGAAAUAACUUGUUCUCACCAAUGACAUCCCAGAAUGCAAUGGACUGACCAAUGGAAUCACAGAAUGCAAUACUGGACUGACCAAUCACAUCACAGAAUGCAAUGCCAGUCAUUCCAAUGGAAUCACAUAAUGCAUUGGACUGACCAAUGAUAUUGUGAAAAACAAUGGACUAACCAAUGGCAUCGCAGAAUUUGUGAAUAUCUCAUGAUUCAUACAACUAAGUUAGAAUCUUCAUCACAUAUAACAUCAGUUGCAUAACUUUAUCUUAUAAAACUUUAAUAUUAUAUUCACAUGUAAUUUUUUUCGGCUGGACCAUUUUCUAUUUACCUUUUGUACAUGUAUUUUAGAAGUUAUUAAGGUCACUGUGUACCUGGUAUAUAAUGCUAUAUCAUAUGUCACAAAUAAAUCUAUACUACCAUUGCGAAAUUUUUUAUGCAAUUAGCAUAUUUUGAAAUAGGAAUGAGUCCCUCCAAGUCAAAUCAAAGCCAUUUAAUGUUAAACAUAUUAUAAUUGGUUCAGCCUUAUUGGUUUGUUAUACCACACAUGUACAUAACUUUAGGUAACCUUUUCACCACCAGACUUUCUCCCCUAAAUUCUUCUGCACUUUUUUCUUAUAUUUUUCAAUAUUUCUGGAAAUGAACCCUAAUUUUGGAGCCAACAGACAAAAUUUGAGUCAAUUUUCAGUUUGUACUAAAAAAAAAAUUGGUUAUUUUUGUCUCGAUCUUCUGAAAGAAAGUGCAGACUACAAAUGGGAGUAUUUUGUAAAUUUGUGAUGAAAAGAAGGAACUGGUAGUUAAAAGGUUAAGCACUAUGGUCAGCUUUUGUCAUCUAUCAGAAAUUAAACCUGCAUCAUUUGAUCAAGGUUGGGAGCUAAUAGAUAUUACUUAAAAAAGAAAUUAUUGAAAAAUACAUAAAAAUGUAGCACUAAAAUUUUGGCAGAAAAAAUUGUGGCAUUUAAAAAGAUUAUUAAAUGCAAUUGUAACUACUAAGAGUAUACAUGUAUGUCCUACUGUUGGCCAUACUAUGGUGAAAUGACAUCUGCUAUCGGAAUUAAUGGAUAUAAAUAUAGAUUGUGUAAUGCCAUCUUUGAGUUACUUUUUACUAGUGUGCUAGCAAUUUCACAGUUUAAUACACCACAGAGGUGUUACACUAAUGUAUAUGCAAAACUUGAAUUGUAUUGAUAAUUUCAAAUAUCAUUUUAUAAAUUGGGUGCAAUAAGUAAAUAAAACAAGAAGUGAUUUA